UCUAAUACGGAUUACAAAUUCAUUACAUUCGAAGAUACGCGUUGCUAUUCAUCUCAAUAUCGAUAAAAUAUCUUAAGCAUAUUCGCAAAGAAGUUAUAUAACUUCUUUGAUCAUUCAAUUGGAUACGGUCGGGGAUUUUUUUAGUUAAUUAUUUGGUCAUAUUAUACUCCAAAUUCACGUUUGAAGUGAAAAAUAAGAUGAUAAUCCACUGGUGAAUGAAAUUCUAGUGAAUAUAUUCGCACGCGUCAUUGAUGACUCACUUUAAUUUAAAUGUGAUCUAGUUCUCACUCAUGAUAAAAUAAAUAUUUGUGUCAACUAAUAGUACUUACAACAAAACUGUCCAUAUUAAAAUCGACAAAUGAGUGCAUCGGUCCGCGGUCCAAUAAGAAAUUCGUCUAUAAUUUCAGCACCAAAUUUUCUUCGUACAAACUUUGUAAAUCCAAAACCAACGUAAUGACUGAAUCCAACGAGUCAACUUGUAAAUCAACUGAAAAAAUCAAAUUUACGAAAACCAAGUUCCAGUACCUUGCAAUAUUUGUGGCAAACAUAGUCGGUUAUUCUCAUGGAUUCGGCGUUGGUUGGCUAUCAUCGGCGGUUCCUGCGUUGAAAGCCGAGGACACUCCAUUGGAUAGUGGGCCAUUGUCUUUGCAACAAGAAUCUUGGCUUGGUGGUUCAUAUCCUUUGGGCGCGUUAACGGGUGAAAUUUUAUUUUCUUUGUUGCUAAAUUUCACGAGUCUUAAGAUUACAAUGAUGGCGAUGGCUAUUCCAAACCUAAUAUUUUGGCUAAGUGUAUUGUUGUCCAAGUCCUACACUGGAGUUGUUGUCGGGCGAUUUAUUGGUGGAUUUUCCGGUGGUGGCAUUCUUCUUUGUAUCCCAUUAUUCGUCGCUGAGGUUGCGAGUAAAGAGAUUCGAGGUUUCUUGGGCCUCAUGAGUCCGUUGAGUAUUGCUGUUGGUGUUUUGGUCGCUUACAUUUGUGCCGCCUUCGUUCACUAUAAUUUCAUGCCCUAUUGUAUAGUAGGAUUUCCGGUGCUUUUUCUACUUGUUAUGUGCGUGAUACCGGAAACACCACAUACAUUAAUACGGCAAAAGAAGUUAGAGAAAGCUGAACAAUCGCUAAAGUUUUAUAACAAUGGGAAUAGAACUGACGACAAUGUUUAUAACGUCAAAGAAGACUCAGCCAAGCUGCAACUGCUUGUUAGGAAGAAACAAGAAGAAAAGGAGAAGCAUUCCUACACUAUGAUUUUACAAAGGGAUUCAUUGAAGAAAGUUUUCAUUGGAAUAUCGUUAGUAGGAUUGAGUGUGUGCAGCGGAAUCAUCGUAGUGACCAUGAAUGUUGUCAAGUUAUUCCUUGACUCUGGUUCCAAAAUGAAUCCUCACAUUUCGGCAAUUAUCGUAGGCGUAUUACAGGUGUGCGGAAUAUGCGUUUCCUCAGUGCUUGUCGACAAAAUCGGACGCAAAAUUCUUUUCGGCGUUUCAUCUCUUCUAUCAGCACUCUCAUUGAUUGUAUUCGGUACAUUUUCAUUUCUAAAUCAAAAAGGUGUAAACUUAUCAAGCGUGGAUUGGUUACCGGUGCUCAGUCUAUCAUUCUACAUUUUCGUGAAUUGUAUUGGUCUACGGACUGUGCCGUUCCUGUACAUCUCAGAGAUUUUACCGUACAAUGUUCGUCAAAGUGGACUCGCAAUAUGUAUGAUCGCAAUGAGCUCAUUCGCAUUUCUGACUGUAUUUACAAAGCCUAUUUUACAAGAUGCGUUCGAUCUGCACGUCGUUAUUUGGAUGUAUGCAGGAGUUUGUGUUGUAGGUUUUUUCUUUAGCAUAUUUGUGAUGGUCGAAACGAAGGGGAAGAAUUUAAAUAAAGUACAAGAAACGUAAUGAUCAGCAGAAACUGUCUGUUGCAUUGAA